UGUUUUUCCUUGCGGAUGUAGCCCUGGUGCCCCGGCGAGACAGGCAGGUAGUGAUGCGGCUGAGGUCCGCAGCGGAGUGAUCUGUGCGAUGACAAAGAGAUGAGAUGUUGUUAGCACGGAGAUCCCAUUUCAGAGGACGCAUGUAGUAAUAUGGUCGAAACAUACGCGUGAGAGGCGAAAGACCUGCCAUCAAACAAACCGGCACUUAUAUUUAAACCCACUUUGAUAGUUCGCUGUAACUUUUAGAGGAAUAUCAGGCCACUCGCUUGGGAAAUGGAGAAGAAGAGGUGGGAUUGCACUGCUCUUCCCAAGGGCUGGAAAAUGGAAGAAGUGACCAGAAAGUCGGGUUUGUCAGCUGGGAAAAGCGACGUCUAUUACUUUAGUCCAUCUGGGAAGAAGUUUCGGAGCAAGCCUCAGCUGGCCCGUUACCUUGGUAACCAGAUGGACCUCAGCUCCUUUGAUUUCCGCACGGGGAAGAUGCUGAUGAGCAAGCUGAACAAGAACCGGCAGAGGUUGCGCUAUGACAACAACAACCAGAACAAGGGCAAACCUGACCUGAACACCUCACUCCCAGUCAGACAGACGGCCUCCAUCUUCAAGCAGCCUGUUACCAAGGUCACUAACCAUCCAAACAACAAAGUCAAAACAGAUCCUCAGAAAGCCGUCGACCAGCCCAGACAGUUAUUUUGGGAGAAGAAACUGAGUGGUCUUAAUGCAUAUGACAUUGCAGAGGAGCUUGUGAAAACAAUGGAGCUGCCCAAAGGCUUGCAAGGUGUUGGUCCAGGCUGCACAGACAAGACUCUCCUGUCUGCUAUCGCGAGCGCUCUGCACACCAGCGCCGCUCCCAUCACCGGCCAGCUGUCUGCGGCUGUGGAGAAGAACCCAGGAGUGUGGCUCAACACGACGCAACCGCUGUGCAAGGCCUUCAUAGUCACAGAUGAGGACAUCAGGAAACAGGAGGAGCUGGUGUACAGUGUGAGGAAAAGGCUGGAGGAGGCGCUGAUGGCGGAUAUGUUGGCCCAUGUCGAGGAGGCUGCCAAUGAUGGGGAUGAGGCUUUGAAGGAUGAAGGCAACGGAAGUGAAGAUAUGGAGAGUGUAUAGCACAGGUUGGUUAAGGACGGUUUAGGUCUUUGAGCAAAUUUAAGAGAAUGGGAGGACUGCAAAGAAAAUGUAUGUAUCAUUCACAUACAAUCUGUGUCCCAGACAGAAAACUAAUUUAAAGAGUUAAGUACAGCUUCCUUUGUGGUGCAGAACUUUGUAAGUGUACAAGUUGUUAGAGAAUAUGCAUCUUAUCACAAUUUUUCUCCUUUUACGGGAUUUUGUAAUGGUUUUGUUUACCACCUGCACACACACGACCAUAAACAGUAGAAGCCCCACAGCAGCCCUGAUGAACUGUUCCUCUAGUAUCUGUGUCCAACUUUAACCUUAACCUGACUCGCACCCGUCCCCAACAAACUACAGAAACAUCACACAGAGUCUCAAAUGUGUCUGUUCGCCAUUUCCUCAUACUGGAUGGGACUCUUGAAGCGACAUCAAUUAAUUACCCAACUUAUGUCUGAGCUCAGAUUUUUCUGAAAAUUUAGAAAAUCCCUGUGACAGUGAAUGAACUAGCAGAUAUUGAAUUACCCUACCAUCAGUGUGUCCAGUUCAGUGUUUGAUGAGCGUAUUUUUUUACUAAAAGGCUUUGAAUGGGUGUGUGUUUUUUGCGACAAUCAUGUCAAAUCCAAACAUUUAAUUAGCAAAAACAUAAUCUGGGUGCUCUUUUGGUUUCGUGUGGAUUGGAAAUGAAUGUUUUGUAUUUUUGACAUGUCUCUUCCUUAAAGUUUAUAAUGCACUCCAUGGAAAGACAGGCAGGAAAAAAUCGCUGGUUGCUUUUCUACAUUAUCCAGUUUCAGAUGCAACUACCUAGUCUUCAGCUGAUUAAAAUUAGUGACAGUGCAAACCUGGCAGAUGAUGUUACUUAUGCAGAUGAUGUAGUUUUAAUGCAGAAGGUUUUUCUCAUGUAAAAUCAUGGAAACACAUUGUCAUGUCAGCUGUGUUAUCCUGAAGCAUGUUCAGUAUUGACCAAAGAGGAGACAUGUCAUUUUGAAGAGGGGGUCGGUUUGAAGUCUUCUUUGUAUUUAUCUGUAAGCGAGCAGAUUGGCUCUGCUGUUCUACAACCAAACAUUAGGAAGGUAAAAGGUACUUAUGAUGGGGCUGAGCACAACGGGAAGGACAGAAAGGACUGGAAACCUCUUCCUGUCGUAAAAUUACUACUGUUUUUAACUCCUUAUUGUCAUUUUAGGUGCUUACUGAUGUUGUGAAACAAUGCUGUUCAGUGCCAAGGCUUUGUUUCAUUCACAGCUUCAGUCCACUUCUUUUUUUGUGUGUCAAUGUUACCACACACAUGCUGCCUCCUCAUAAACCCACGCACAAAAUGGUCACGCAGCAUACUACAUUCAGUUUUUAUGUCUUUUCAUUUAUCACCAGAGGAAAAUUAAGUGUUUUUUAUCCCUGUAUGUCAAAGAUUAAUAUUGUAUCAAGCUGAAAUCAUGCAAUCCCCAGCUCAAUAUUAGCAGCAUAUUGCUGAAAAGAAUUUGAUUGUACUACUUAUUAAAAUGAGUUGACAUGCCAAUAAAUCUGUUGCUCAUG